AUGUCCGGGAAGGCAGGCAUCAGCUGGCCCGUCCAGGAACUGACCAGCGACCCCGUCGCCAAGUUCUUCCAACCGGGCUCGAAGCUGUCAUGGCACUACAAUUGGAACAAGAACUGGUCGGAAUUACUGCCUGAUACUACACCUGGGCUCAAGAUUGAUGCGGAGUUCGUGCCUAUGCUGUGGAAGCCCGACUUCCUGCACAAUGCAGAUAAGCUGCAAGAAGGAUGGAGUAUGCUGCUGGGGUAUAAUGAGCCUGAUCAUAACGACCCGAGCGUCGCGAGUAGAUGCAGCGCCGUCGAUGCAGCUAGAAGCUGGAAGGAGGUUGCAAAGCUUCGCCGGCAGGAUCCCGCCAUCAAGCUUGUCUCGCCUGCUGUCGCCUCGGACAAAGGUUGGUUGAAGGACUUCUUCUCGUGCCUAGAGCCCGAUGAGAUGCCAGACAUCCUAGCGAUACACAUAUAUACCACCACCUUCGACAGCUUCAGGGCUAGUGCUGAGGAGUACUACAGCAUGUUCCGUCUGCCCAUUAUGAUUACCGAGUUUGCCGUGCAAAGCUUUUCUCGGAAUGUACCAGGUCCACAGAGUCAGCAGCAGGUGCACGACUUUAUGGGCCAGACGACAAAGUGGCUUGACGAGACAGGGUACAUCAUGCGAUAUUGCUGGUUCGGCGCGGUGCGAGAUCCCUCCAAUCUCCAUGGCGUACAUCCUUAUAACCGCUUAAUGGACGAGCAAGGGAAUGUGACUCCCCUGGGUCAUCAAUACAUCGCAGGCGGGCACGACUGA